AAUACUAUCAUUUCAGGCUUUCAGCACUCAGCAGACUCGGUCUUUGGCCGUCAAAAUUAAAAAAUUUACUGACAGCUUCCCGGCAUAAUAUUUCUCUGCUGCUUCCUACUACUUCCCAACAAGUAAGAUCCAUUCCCCCCCUCUUGAAUUCCGAGCUGCUAACUUUUCUUCUUUUGUCUCCAAAUCUUCUGUUAGCAGGUUUUUGUUAUUCCCGAUUUUUGAUACUAUAGUCUUCUGUUGCAGAAUUUUUGUCUUUUAAUUGAUCAGAUGUAAGCUUUCUUUUGCUGGGAUUUUUUUUUAAAAAUAUUUUUUAUAAAAACAAAGAAAACCUCAAGAAACUCAGACAAUGAGAGGGUCAAUUGGUUCAUCUCCAAAAGCUGUGGAAACUCGUCAUCGUCUUUCUGCUUCACUUGAAGAAUCAAGCAAAAGGAGGUCUCUGAGACAUAGAGAUAACAGAGAUGUAGAGAAGGCAUCGAGUUCUGUCUGUCAUGAUAGAAGUUUUAACUUCAAGUACUCCCCGUUAAAGUUCAUGCUGAUUGUCAUUAUGAUGGGGACUUUUGGGACUUUGCUUUACUCUCCAUCCUUCCAGCAUAUAGAGAAUUUAUCAAAUUCCAGUUCUCAGAUGAGUAUUGUAGAAAGAUGGAGAGGGGAUAGUUAUGUUGUGGACAAGCACUAUGUAUCUGAUCUAGCCAUUGAUUGGAAUCACGUCUCAGAAGUCAUGAAAACUCUGACUGAUAAGAAUGACUACAAGACUAUCGGCUUAUUAAAUUUCAAAGAAAGUGAAGUUGAUAGUUGGCAGGAAAUGUUACCUUCUCCUGAGCAUAUCAUUUUACAUCUGGACCAUGUUCCUAAAAGUUUAGUUUGGGAAACGCUAUAUCCUGAGUGGAUUGACGAGGAAGAAGACUUUGAGAUACCUGGUUGUCCUUCUCUUCCCAGCAUUCAGGCUCCCAGAAAUGCACGGAUGGAUCUUAUUGCUGUAAAGUUGCCUUGCAAGAAGCUUGGCAAGUGGUGGAGAGAUGUUGCCCGGCUACACUUGCAACUUGCAGCAGCAAGACUUGCUGCCUCUGCUAAGGGGUCGUAUGAUGUGCAUGUACUGUUCAUCACCGAGUGCUUUCCUGUCCCGAAUCUCUUCACCUGUAAGGAACUUCUUUUACGUGCAGGAAAUGCAUGGUUGUACAAGCCGAAUCUCAAUACUCUAAGAGAAAAGGUUCAGCUUCCUGUUGGAUCAUGCGAACUCGUGCUCCCUCUCAAUCCGAAAGCCCAAUUAUCUUCUGGAACUGCACUUCGGGAAGCAUAUGCUACAAUCCUGCACUCAGCACAUGUAUAUGUAUGUGGAGCCAUUGCAGCAGCACAAAGCAUUCGAAUGUCAGGUUCAACUCGUGAUCUAGUCAUACUUGUAGAUGAAACAAUCAGUGAGUAUCACCGAGGUGGCCUGGAGGCUGCAGGUUGGAAAAUUCAUACCAUUCAAAGAAUCAGAAACCCUAAAGCUGAACCAGAAGCUUAUAACGAGUGGAACUACAGUAAAUUCCGUCUUUGGCAGCUUACGGAUUACGAUAAGAUCAUUUUCAUAGAUGCAGACCUUCUUAUACUCCGAAAUCUUGACUUCCUCUUUGGCUUGCCAGAGAUUUCUGCCACAGGGAACAAUGCUACUCUUUUUAACUCUGGAGUUAUGGUGAUCGAGCCAUCUAAUUGCACAUUCCAAUUACUAAUGGACCACAUUAAUGAGAUUGAAUCCUAUAAUGGUGGGGACCAAGGCUAUUUGAAUGAGAUCUUCACAUGGUGGCAUCGAAUUCCCAAGAGAAUGAAUUUCUUGAAGCAUUAUUGGGAGGGUGAUGAGCCUGAAAAGAAAGAGAUGAAAACACGGUUAUUUGGAGCAGACCCUCCAAUUCUUUAUGUCCUCCACUACCUGGGCUUGAAACCAUGGCUAUGCUUUCGCGAUUAUGAUUGCAACUGGAAUAAUGAACUUUUGCACGAGUUUGCCAGUGAUAUUGCACAUAGAACUUGGUGGAAGGUGCAUGAUGCAAUGCCUGAAAACUUGCAUAAAUAUUGUUUGCUAAGGUCUAAGCAGAAAGCAUCUUUGGAAUGGGAUCGAAGACAGGCCGAGAAAGGAAAUUAUACUGACGGCCACUGGAAGAUAAAAAUUAAGGAUCCAAGAUUGGAGACAUGCUUUGAGAAUUUCUGCUUCUGGGAAAGCAUGUUGUGGCAUUGGGGUGAGAAGAACUGGACCGACAACGCGACCACUUCAUCUUCACCACCAACAGGGAUUAAUACAGCAUCUCUUCCUUCUUUGUAGGUUCAGACUUCAGGGUAUAAUUAUAUCCAUCUCCGAAAUAUAGUGACUCAGAGGUAUAGCACACAAAUAUGACCUACUUUUUCUUGUGAAAAUUUUAUAGCGAAUAUAUUAAAAUUCUUAUCCUGGCAAGAAAUAUAUUUUUUGUGCAAAUCACUUGCUUGAGCAUACUGAUUGCUGAAUCAUGCCGUUUAAUUACUAGUUACUUGAGCAAAGAACAUCACCCUAUUACCUCUUA